CUGGGAGCCGGGACUCCUGGGUGCUCUCCAGGGCUGGGAGGGUGGGAGGCCUGGGGGUUUCUCCCUGUCUGGGCUGGGGGAGUUCGCGGUGGGGAGCCCAGACGCUUGGCGUCCCUCCUCCAGGCUGGGAGGGAGCUGGGCCGGGGGUGGCGGGGAGCCAGGGCACCUGGGUUGUGUUCCUGCCUGUGGCCUGCGAGGAUCCCCCCACCCCAGCCGGGCCCGCCCGGGGCAGGCCCAGCCGCCUGCGCAGGCAUUGCCGGCCCAGGCUGGGAUGCCCCCUCCCCCCGGGCGCUCCGCUGUGCCCGCCUGGGAUGUCUCCCUGCCCGGAUGCCUGGGUUCUCUGCCAGCUCCGCGGCUGGCCGAGAGCAGGGGGUGCCGGGAGUCUGGACGCCUGGGUCCUCGGCCAAGCCGUGGCGUUCAAGCAGUGGGGUGCCGGGAGCCCGGGUCCUCUCCCCCCUCACUGCCCCCCACGCCCCAUUUGCCGUGUCAGGCCCGGGACACCCAGACGGGGGAACUGGCUGCUAUUAAGAUCGUGAAACUGGACCCAGGGGACGACACAAGCUCCAUCGAGCAGGAGGUGACGGCCCUGCGGGAGUGCGGCCACCCCAACGUCGUGGCCUAUUUUGGCAGCUACCUCAGGUGCGGGGGGCUGAGGGGGGGCCGCUAUCCCAGCUCCAACCCCCCCAGAGCCAGCGGCCUCUGUUGUACUUUCCUGCUGACACCCCUACCCCAGAGCCAGCCACAUCCCAGCUCUGGGCCCCAUGUGUGCAGCCCCCAGAAGUGCCCUGCUGGUGUUGAAUGGAUCUGCAUGGAGUACUGCGGGGGGGGCUCCUUGCAAGAAAUCUACCACGGUGAGUGCUGGGUGCCCUCCGGCCCUGGGGGUGGGGGGCGAGAGCCGGAGGCCUGGGUCCCCUCCGGCUCGGGGAUCUGCCCCGGUGCCCUGCCCUCCCCGCGGAUGGGGCCCGGGCGUCUGGGGGUGUUGUAA